UAUUUUCACCGAAUAUUCUGUUGUGAUGGCUGUGCCGGUAUUUGUUUGGAAAUACGGAAAAACUAUGAGAUUUCAAGUAAAAAUUGCAACAAUGUCUGACGAAAUUACGUGAAAAGUAGCAGCCAUUUUGGUUACGUUGCAUUCCUUGGCCUCGCAACAGUGACGUGUUUAGUUUCCCUGACGGAAUUCCACAUCUUCAAGAGUAUUUUGGUUUUGUUUUCGUCUUGAUUAUUAGAUUCGAUUCUUACCAGAAAUCAAAGAAGUGUGAUCGACGAUGGAGCACGCUCAGCUUCAGAGCUCUGACGGAGCCCAGGUGAUGACCCUAAAUGGUCAGCAGCUGCAAGUAUUGCAGAUGAAUAACACUCCACACAUGAUUCAGGGCCCUAACGGUCAACAAAUUGUUGUACAUGCUGUGCCAUCUAGUGCUCCGGCUAUACAGAUUGGGACACCACAAAUCCAGGUAGUGGCGACACCAAGUGGUCAACAGUUACAACAGUUGCAAGUUGUUCCUAUAUCUAGCAUUCAAGCAGGAGGUAACAUACAGCCGAUGCAGUUAGUCCAGACACCAGAUGGACAGACAUUUAUCUACCAGCCAGUGGCAGCUAGUGCCCAACCCACCAUUGAUCAGCACCAGAUCAUACAUCAGCCUACCAUGAUCAACCUGAAUGGUAAUUUAGUGCAAGUAGCAGGACUCGGCAAUGCGGUGCAGGCCCAGCAGAUCGUCAACCAGCCAAAUCCUGUUGGAUUGUUGAUGGUAAACAACAGCAAUGCUGGUGCGAGCACAUCUGUGUCGGAAGGUGCGUGCUCCUCAACGGCCGGAGAUGAUGAGGAGCCGCUUCUGUACGUCAACGCGCGCCAGUACAAACGCAUCCUCAAGCGACGCGCUGCCAGAGCCAAGCUGCAUGAACAGGGCAAGAUACCUAAGGAGAGACCCAAAUAUUUACACGAGUCGCGACACAGGCACGCAAUGAACAGGAUUCGUGGUGAAGGCGGCCGCUUCCACUCUGGCAGUAGGAAGCAUUACAGGAAUAUGGAGAAUAUGGAGCAACUCACCGACGACCAGAAGAUGCUACAGGACAUCAAGCCAGAUACCGUGUCUAUAACUAUCAUUCAGGAUGAUGAAGGCCAAGAGCAGCCUGCUCAGUGGAGGCGGCUAGCACCGCAACAGACUCUUCAAUCAGCAUAGCAUUCGUCUGAUGAGGGCGAGGAAGACGACUCGGUGAUCGAGUGACUGGCACUCUGAACUGUGCAGUCUCGCCGUCAUUUACAUUGGACUAAUAUUACUUCAAGAUUCAGUGAUAAGUGCUCAGUGCUCAGUGUCCAAUAAAUACGCGGGACGAUCAUUCUGAUCAACAUUCCUACACUAUUCAGGAAAGGACUACUUAAAGGCUGAUGUGAAUAUACUUUGGGUGUUGCAGUCUGACCACCGAGAGAUAGCGCCAGUCAGCACGCGAUCGACAAUCGACAUAAUUUGAACUUGACAUUUAUAUUUGGAGAUAUUUUUAUGGAUUCAUAUGAUUUUCAACAAAGUGGGUUAUGGAUUAAACUUGUCGAUUGUUUUGUAUGAAUUAUAAUUUUUGAUACCUACUACAGUGAAGGGCAAAGUUUUCUCAGUGGUCAGAUUGUUCGAGGCUAGAUCCGUUUCAAUUCAAUUUUAAAGUAAAAUAAUAAUAUAAUCUCUAAUCUAAGUAAAGUGUCGUGAUUUCGGAAUUUUGUUUACCGUUUUGAUUCCAAAAUUAUGGUGUGAUCUGUUUUUAUUUGUUAACUUUUGUUAAUGUUAUAUGGAGGGAAUUUUUCUAAGUUUUAUGAUGAUUGUGUAAUUAUACGUUAUUGGACUACGUUUAAAAAUUGGUUCAUGAUACAACAGUAUUUCUUGAACCCAAACAAUAUAAUUGAUUAUAAGUUUUAACAAAUUAUUAUUAAAUAUUUUUUAAGUAGCCAAAGACCUGGGUUUUCCAAUUAUUGAACAGUUUUCAAGUGUUUAGGCGAUAUGUGUAUGUAUCAUAUGUAAAUAUUUAUGUUAGUGGUAUUUGAAAUUACUGACAACCCUUUUGUAUGGCAAUUUAAGUACAAAAUAAACAUGCACUUACAAAAACUGAGUUUUAUUUAGACUAAAAAUAAGUUAAAAAAGUAAAUAAGUUGGAUUUUUUUAUUGUAAAGAGAUUCACAGUACAUGUUACCGAAUAAAUCAGGUAGAUUAGUUGAUUACAAUUAUAAUUGGCAUCAAACAUAGUUUUGACAGUGUGUGUUGACCAGGCCAGUUGUUGUCGAAAAUG